AUUACUACCAAGGACGUUAGAUGUUAGUUAAAUAACAAAUGUAUUAGAAUUUAUCUUAUUAGUGAUGUUUUAUUGAAUAAACAGAAUAUUUUUUAAGAAAAAAAAAUAUAAUGGCGAUACUAACGUACAGUUGGUUAUUAGACAUUUUUGGCAUCUUGACGGCACUUAUUGCUGUUUUUAUUGCUUGGGCACAAUGGUCUCACACUUACUGGUCUCGUAGAAAUCUUAUAGCCCCUAAAACGACGUUCUUCCUCGGCAACAGCAAAGGAAUCGUCACACAGAAACAAUCCUUCGGAGAUUUCACCGUCGAAAUGUACGAAUACAUCCGCAAACACAACAAACCUCACGGUGGUUUCUACCUCACCCUUAUGCCUAAUUACAUGCCUGUUGAUCCCGAAAUCAUCAAACAUAUCAUGCUGAACGAUUUCGACCACUUCGUAGAUCGAGGAAUUUACUACAACGAAGAAGUCGAUCCGUUAAGUGCCCAUUUGUUCUCUCUGGACGGUGCUAAAUGGCGGAAUUUACGAAUCAAGCUCACACCAACUUUCACGUCGGGAAAAAUGAAAAUGAUGUUUGAUACUUUGGUGAAGUGUAGCGACCAGUUGUUGGUGGAGAUGAACCAAACAGCUGGGAAAGCCCCAGUUGAUGCAAAAAAUAUACUAGCACGGUUUACAACCGACAUAAUUGGGUCUUGUGCUUUCGGGAUUGAGUGCAACUCGCUGAAAAACCCCAACGAUGAGUUCACUCAGUAUUUAAAACUGUUUUUCGUGGAAGGUUUUUGGCAAAACCUCAACGGAAUAAUCACUUUCGUGGCGCCCGAGUUGGCCAAAAAACUGAACAUGAAAGUAGUCAACCCUGUCCUGUCCAAUUUUUUCAUGAAAGUGGUCGAAGACACCGUCAAUAUGCGCGAACGCAACAACAUCUACCGCAAAGAUUUCAUGCAUCUCCUGCUCCAGCUGAAAAAUCGAGGGGAACUUGUUGACGACGACAGCAUCCUACAAAACAAUACCGAUGCCGAAAAUAAGGAAGUGACGCUGACUUUGAACGAGCUCGCAGCCCAAGCUUUCGUCUUCUUCCUGGCCGGUUACGAGACCUCCUCCACCACUAUGACGUUUUGCUUGUACGAAUUAGCGUCGAAUCCUGAAAUUCAGGACAAAUUGCGCGCUGAAAUAAACGAAGUUUUGCAAAAGCACGGCAAAUUGACGUAUGACGCAAUUAUGGAAAUGCGUUACAUGGACAAAGUCGUGAAUGAAACUCUACGCAAGUAUCCGCCCCUUCCGGGCCUGAACCGCGUCUGCAACAAGGAAUACAAAGUCCCCGGAACAGAUUUUGUGAUUGAAAAGGGGACGAAAAUCUGGAUUCCGGUGCUGGGUUUGCACCGGGACCCGGAGUAUUUCCCAAAUCCGGAGAAAUUCGACCCGGAGAGGUUCACGGAGGAGAACAAGAGGCAGAGACACCCUUAUACGUAUCUACCCUUCGGCGAAGGACCUAGGAUUUGCAUUGGUCUUAGGUUCGGGAUGAUGCAAACUAAAGUCGGGCUUAGCGUCCUUUUGAAGAAUUACAAGUUUUCCAUUAAUUCCAAAACCAAACUGCCGCUGCAACUUGACCCCAAAAGCUUCAUCAUGAGCACAGAAGGCGGGAUUUGGCUUGAUUAUACGCGCGUUUAAACUGUAGGUAAUUCAAUAAAAAUUGUAAAAUAAUAACACAAAA